GACAGUGAGACCCACAGUACACAGAGCAAUGUGUGAGGAUGAGCAAAGCACAGACAAUGAAGAGAAACGGAUAGUGACAGCAAACAAAAGAAUAACUGAGAAUCAGAUAGUCCGUGACUGAAACCGCUCAUGUGAGAGAACCGCUGCCAAUCCGAGCUCGCGAUGCCUGAGUGAAGAAGAUCCAUUGUGGACUGCAUGCAGGAGGUUGUGUGGAUGGAAGUGACGGAGGGUUUCUAGACAGCGGAGGGAGAGGUGUGUAUAUGUGCAGGGGACGGUUUGGCUUCAUGGACUCACUGGCAUCGUAUCUUCUGUCCUACUGCGUGACCCUCCCCCUGUGCUCUGAAGCCCAUCGACCCACACAGACAUGAGCUCCAAACACUUGUCUGACUGGAUCCCCUACAGCACCUUGGAUGAUGAGGGCACUAACCUGCGACAACAGAAGCUGGACAGACAGCGAGCGCUACUGGAACAGAAACAGAAGAAGAAACGUCAGGAGCCACUGAUGGUACAAUCUAAUCUAGACGGGCGAUCUCGAGUGCGUAGGACCCGACAGUCAGAGGAACAGGCGCCACUUGUGGAGAGUUACCUCAGCGGCAACAGCAGCACCAUUUACCACGUGCAAGAAGCGGAGCAGGAAGAAGUUAAACCUGUAGCGGAGGUUCAGGCUCCUCGCUCGGCUAAAAAAACCAAGGCGCCUACCUCCACUCCUCAGACUGGCAGCGCCAAGAAGGAGAAAAAGGGCAAGCAGAAAGGAAUUGAUGGGCCCGCUGCCUUCCAGGAUGAGGGUCAGGAGCUGGGCAACCAGAUUCAGAUCCUGACCGAGGGCCACUCACCUGCCCAGGAGAGCGAGGCAGAGGGCCAUGGGGAGGCAGUGGGCAGCACUCAGUCACAGGGCAAACAGGACCUACGGGUCACCAUGCUGAAGAAAGGGAUCUCCAGUAGCAUGAACUUUGAUGAGGAGGAGGAUGAAGAUGAUUUGGUCAGCUCAAGCUCAUCUCAGCUUAACAGCAACACGAGACCUGGAUCCGCCACCAGCAAAAAGUCCAGCAAGGAGGCGACUUCGGCUUCCACCCCAUUGGCCAACGAGCCAUCCAUCGAUGUGGAUGACCUGGAGGAGUUUAUUCUCAGACCCGCCCCCCAAGGAGUGACUGUAAAGUGCAGGAUCACGCGGGAUAAGAAGGGCAUGGACAGGGGCAUGUACCCCACCUACUACCUCCAUCUUGAGAGAGAGGAUGGAAAGAAGGUUUUCCUUUUAGCUGGGAGGAAGAGAAAGAAGAGCAAAACAUCUAAUUACCUCAUCUCCAUCGACCCUACUGACCUAUCUCGAGGUGGCGAGAGCUUCAUCGGCAAACUGAGAUCAAAUCUUAUGGGUACCAAGUUUACGGUAUAUGACAGCGGUAUGAACCCAGUCAAGACCACAUCUAGCCUGGAUGCUGGAAAUCUACGGCAGGAGCUUGCAGCUAUCUGUUAUGAAACUAAUGUAUUAGGGUUCAAGGGACCACGAAAGAUGAGUGUCAUUAUUCCUGGAAUGAGCAUGGACCAUGAAAGAGUCUCCAUCCGGCCUCGAAAUGACCAUGAGACUCUGCUGGCCCGAUGGCAAAACAAAAGCACAGAGAGUGCGAUAGAGCUCCACAACAAGACGCCUGUGUGGAACGAUGACACGCAAUCUUAUGUGCUCAAUUUUCAUGGCAGGGUCACCCAAGCGUCUGUCAAAAACUUUCAGAUAAUUCAUGACAAUGACCCGGAUUACAUUGUGAUGCAGUUCGGUCGUGUAGCAGAAGACAUCUUCACUAUGGACUACAACUACCCCAUGUGCUCCCUGCAGGCAUUUGCUAUUGCCCUGUCCAGCUUCGACAGCAAGCUAGCCUGCGAGUAACUGUCUCUCCACCAGCCACAACUAAAAAAGGACCCAGCCAGACUGAUAUACAAUCAGAAUCACAGAGUAAAGGGCUGUGGUGAGCUCCAAGACUGCAAGGCCCCUCUCUCAAGACCCCCUUCCCCCCAUUUGGAGGCAUGAGCAAGUAUGGCCACAGAUUGUGUGUGUUGUCUUUUUGUGUUAAUGUUUGUGAGAGAAAGGUGGCUAUAUGUUUUAGAAAAGGGCAUCAUAUUGGGGGGAAAGCACAAGGACCACUUUUUUCCUAUUGAUCCGUGUGCUGCCGUUAUUUAACAGAUAUUGUGUUUUUCAAGGUGACACUAACAUUUUGGUAAUGUUAAAUUAAGAAUCUUUUACAGUGGUAUGUUGUGACCCUAUGAUGAAAAAAUGAACUUUAUUUUUCCAUAGUCAUAAUUCUACAAGGAUAAUACGUAUUCACUAACAAUUUAAUUUUAACUUUCAGAUUAAAUGUAACAUGUAGCUGUCAUUUAUAACAGGUUGAGUAUUUUGUUUACUUAAUGAACAGAGUUUUGGACAUGGCAUUGGUUACACAUGUCACCUGGCUUAAAAAUAUACAGUGCACAUGCUUUAUGAGGGCUUCAGAAUUGUUAGCCAGUGUACGAAGUAUUUCUGUCUGACAUAUUUACACAUUAUUUAUGUAUUUUCAUACAUAUUUAUAGAUUUCCUUUCAGUCUGCUGAUUUUCUUUUACCCGAUGCCCAUAAUUCCUUGUGCUUCAUACACAGACUCGGAGCAUUUGCAUUCGAACAUUUGGUGUAGAUUCAUGGAGUACAUCAUUAGAUCAUGUCCAAACUGCAUUACUUCGGACCUGAGUGACAUGUAUUGGUGUUCACCUGCUUGUACACCAUCAGAAUGACCUAAAACGAAUAGCUCACCAGAUCUACACUAAUAACUCCAGUGUGAAUGCUCCGGAGGAAUGGUGACAAAAGUGUGUGGUAUGUCUUUUAAUGUGAGGGUCAAUAUCAGGGUAAGUACAUUAUCAUCUCAAUUGUUCGGACCCACUGCUUUGUGGGGGGAUGUACUGAACGGCGCACUUUAUACAGAGUGUUUAUUGGUGGAGAGCUGUAAAUAUUGUGCCUUUGGACAAGUCACUUUUGAUGCUUGGUGAGAUGCUAAAUUGUUUUCUUCAGCCAGUGUUUAUUUAUCAUGCAGAUAUCCAAGCUUUUGUCUUUUCUCUUGAGAACAACUGGUAGCUUUACAGUGUACUGGGCUGUAGCUGUACAGAAUGAUCAGGUUCUGAACACAGAAAGUCAUUGAUUGACACAUUAAGACAGUUUGUUCACAAGCCAUCUAUGACGUUUCCUGCUGCAUGUGUAUUUUUUUUCUGUUACAUUACAAAAUGAAAAGGUGUGCAAAAUGUUAAAGGAACAAAGUUUGAAAAAAAAACACCCUUGUUUUUAUUAUGUUUUGUAAACCGAUGUUUCUUUGCUAAACAUGAUUAAUGAAUCAAGGGUGAUGAUGAUGUCAAGGGAAUAAUGGUGAUGUUGUAUCAGCAAUGAAACAAUUUAAUUGACAAAUCCUGCAGAAUAAUACUGACAUUACAUUCAUAUUUGGUCUUAAAGCUGGUCAAAGUAUAUUCUUUCAAGCCGUAAAGAAGUCUUGAUUUAAGUGGCCACACAUAAGCAUUAUAAUGCGGAUGAUUUUUAUUUUAUUUAUCAUUCCAGUUUAAGGUCGAUUUCACGGCCAAGUCUUCUGCAAAAAUCUUUUAUUAUUGUCUUAAAACUAACAACAUUAGAUUUGAAUGAAUGCGUUUUAAAAAAUUUACUGCAAAGUUUUUUGUGGUAUUUUGAUUUAAUGAGGAAUAAAGUAGAUUUUUGUUCUGAACACAAAAGAAAACCGUAAAUUACACUAAAAACAUCAAAUAAUAUUUCAUAACAGAAAUCAAUUCAAUUAUUUAAUCCGGUGAAUUAAUAUGCUGCAAAUAUAGCAUUUACUGUUUUGUAUGUUUGUUUUUUACCUUUGAUCAUAAUGUGCUGAUUUAGACAUCACAUUUUAAAAUACAUCUUUCCCCCAGAAAAGUAUUUUUAAUAUUACUUUUUUAGGAAAAGAAAUAUAAAUAUAUAUAUAAUUGUUUUCAAUUUGCAAAGAAAUCUGUGAUGUUUACUUUAAGUAAAGUUUGCCAUUUUUAACUGCCUUGUGAACCAUUCCAGCAGUUUCUAUUCUCUGUCAAUGUAACAUUCUAACAUUUUAAGUUUGCUUUCAAUGGAUAAAACAAUGACGACAUAUGUGUUUUUCUGCUUCUGUUUGAAAACUCACCACUGGUGUAUUAAACUGAUGUAUAAUGUCACGCUGUUUUAUAAACAUGUACAUUCGUCUAUAUACAGUGUUUGUAUACAGUAACUAAGAUAUGAAAAAAUAAAUCUGAACUCCA